AUUACAAUCAUGGAGAUGGUUGGCACCAUAACCAUAGCCAUAACCAAAAACCCAAAAAGCAUUCAACUUGUUGAGAGAGAGGAGACACCUUCACACCCCACACACAAGAAAAAAAGAAGUUGGUACCAGCAGAGGCUUUUUCUUCUUCUUCUCUCUCACUCUGUGUCUUGACUCUUGCUUUUUUAAAAGCAUAACCCCCCAAAAACUAUCCCUUAGAUUCUUCUACUUCUUCUUCUUAUUCUUCUCAAUUCACAUUCUCUCUCUUUCUGUGUCCAAGUAAUCUUUGCUUGGAGAAUCUUUUGCUACUUGUGCUGGUGCUAGCUUAUAUAUAUAUUUUUUGUGUGCGCGCGCGCUUUGGUGCACAUUCAGUUGUAACAUUUGAGUUGAAUCUAAUCUGAAAGAAUGACGAAGAUUAGUCCUGAAAUAGAGGAAAAGAUGCAACCAGACGUAAUUCUUCCAGUUUCAGCUGAUGUAAGCUUUGCUUCUAAUCGGUUUCCAAAAUAUAAAUUAGGACCUGAUCAUCAGAUUUUGGAAGAGCCAAAAGAGGACAAUAAAGGUCCAUCCUUGAAGGAGGUUAUUGAACAAGAAACUAUGCAGCUAUCAGAUCAGCACAAGCGCCUCUCAGUUCGUGACCUUGCUAGUAAAUUUGACAAGAACUUGACUGCUGCUGCUAAGUUGGCUGAGGAGGCAAAGCUUAGAGAGGUGGCUUCUUUGGAAGGGCAUGUUCUUCUGAAAAAGCUUAGAGAUGCAUUGGAAUCUUUAAGAGGACGUAUGGCAGGACGAAACAAGGAGGAUGUAGAGAAAGCUAUCUCUAUGGUGGAGGCACUAGCUGUUAAAUUAACUCAGAAAGAAGGAGAAUUGAUUCAAGAGAAGUUCGAAGUGAAAAAGCUUGCUAACUUUCUUAAGCAGGCUUCUGAAGAUGCUAAAAAGUUGGUCAAUCAAGAAAAUUCAUUUGCUUGUGCUGAAAUUGAAAGUGCCAGGACAGUUGUACAGAGGUUUGGGGAGGCUUUGGAGGAAGAAGAAAGGAAUGCUCAGAAUUCCAAGGACCAUGCUCCUGAUGUGGAGGAACUAGUUGAGGAAGUUCAAGAAGCUAGAAGAAUUAAAUUGUUGCAUCAGCCAAGCAAGGUGAUGGAAAUGGAGCAUGAGCUUCGUGCACUGAGAAUUCAGAUUAGGGAGAAAUCUAUAUUUUCGGUUAAACUUCAAAAUGAGUUGGCAAUGAGCAAGAGAGCUGAGGAGAAUAAAUCCUCUCCAUAUGUCAUAGAUGGUUCUGAAAACUUAGGUUCAUGUCUGCAACUCCAGCCUAGAUCAAAUGCUUCACCACCACCACUUUCAAAGUGUUCAAUUCAGUGGUGCCGUAUAUCACCUGAUGGCAGCCAAAAAGAAGUUAUUUCAGGUGCGAACAAAUCAAGUUAUGCCCCUGAACCAAUUGAUGUUGGACGAAUUUUGCAAGCAGACAUCAUGUCAGAUGGCCAAAAAAUCUCAGUGACGACUGCUGGUCCUCUUGAAAUUGCUGCAGGAUUAGGAAGCUAUGUAGAGGUGCUUAUGCGGAAAUCUAGCUCUGAAUUUAACGUAGUUAUUUCCCAGAUGAAUGGACAAGAUCAUCCAUCACAUUCUGUUCAUGCAUUCAAUGUGGGAAAAAUGAGGAUAAAGCUCUGUAGAGGGUGGAUUACAAAGGCUAGAGAAAUAUAUUCUGCAUCAAUGCAGUUAUGUGGAGCUCGAGCUGAUGGUAACGCUGCAGCAAAGGCAUUGUUUUGGCAACCAAGGAAGGGCCUUUCAUUUGUAUUGACAUUUGAAUCAGAACAAGAAAGGAACGCUGCCAUAAUGCUCGCCAGGAAAUAUGCUCUUGAUUGCAAUGUCACACUUGUAGGACCGGAAGAUUAAGAAUGGGACAAAAUGUAACCAAGUAAUUUUCCCUAACAAAUGCGAGUAUAAUCAGGUUUUUGAUAGCGCGAACGAUGAGUAUGUUUGUGUUUGCCAUGGUGAAGAAGAAUGCAACUUAUUGUAUUGGUAUUCUGCUAAUCUGGUUGUGUUGUCUUAGGCAUCAUUUUUUAUUUGCCAAAUCUAUUGUAACAAAAUCUUCAUUUUUAAUUGAUUGGUUCAUUUGUUGCUGA